GGGAUUCUGAAGCUAAGGAAUGGGGAUAGUUGAUGUCUGUCCCAUGGACUGGGUACACCAGUGGGCCUGACUUGAAAUGGGAGAAUGUUAUAGCAAGAAAUCUGUGGCCCCAGGGCCUGAAACCCCAGAGAGAAUCAGCACCAGGUCUGCAAGUUCAGAGUCAAAUAUACAACAGAGAAACAAAAAACCGAAGGAGUCCCUGGAAACCAGACAGAUGGCAUUUACUUUGGCUCAACUCGAGGCCUUGGAGAUUUGCCUGAAGGAAGCAGAAGAAAAGGCUAAAUCCUUAUCUGAACAGCUUGCAGCCUCUGAAGGAACAAAAUCCAAACUGCUUGAGCAAGUUUCCUGGCUGGAGGAAAAACUAGGGACUCUGGACCAUAAGGAAGACAGUGGGGAACCAUACAAAAAAAUGGUUCUUGCAAAAGACCAGCGCAUUGAGAAAUUACAAGCUGAAGUGAAAGCUUCCCAAGAGCAACUUACAGCUCAUAAACUAAAGCACAAAAGGAAACUGAAAAAGCUGCAAACGGAUUUGGCAACAGCUAAGCAAGAGGCUGCCAUCACAGUCCUGGAGCUCAAUGAGAAGAUAAGGAUGCUACGUGAAGGGAAGCCAGCCCCUAGAGAAGACAACUCUCAGGAAGAGUCCUGUGGGGGUCUCCCGCCUGUUGAAGAAGGUGAUCGAAAAAUUAACCUGAUCAUGGAGUUGUCGACGCAGGUUUCCCUUCAGACUGAGAAGAUCACCCAGCUGGAAGAUGUUUUAGAGGAAAAGGAAAGGAAAAUUCAGCAGCUGGAAGCUGAGCAGGGAUCCCAGCCCUUCCAAGAGGCUGAGGACUCUCCAGAAUGUUAAGAAGCCCCGAUUUCCUUUAAUAAUAUUGUCACCCCUGUGGUCUCUGAUGAAGAUAUGUAAGGAUUCUCAGUAAGAAAAUAAUAAAUAUUCAGUAAGAAAAUAAUAAAUAAUUAAUAAAUAAUAAAUAAGGGUCGCCAGUGUAAAGUCCAGAACACAGCUAGCCUCCCCAUUAGCAAACUCAAGUUCAAGAUGAUGGGUUUGAAUAUAUCCUAUAACAUUUGUAUUGGAAGGAAACAAAACCAAGGGGAGUCUUCAGAAGCAAUUCCUGAAUAUUUCCCCUUCAGACAUCAGCAGUCAGGUAGCCCACACACUUGAGGAAUACCUUGUUUUUAGACAUCCCAGAUAACCAUGGGACAGAGAAAAACACCCAACUAGACCGAUGGUCAAAGAACGUAGUAUCUUUUUCUUAUCAGAGGUUUGUCACUCUUCAAGGUGGCACCACACCUGUAUCCAUAAGCAGCUCAUCUGUGCACAGAAAACUGUCAUGGAAGGCAAGGUUUAAACCGGGGAAUGUUAGGGUCCUGAAGAGGAGAAUCAUUGCCAGCGGGGCAAACAGACACGAGGUCUGCUUUUUCACGUCCUCUGGAAUAUAUUUCUUUCUUUUUUUUAAAACAUGAUUUUUGUUUUGUUUUGUUUUAAGGUUUUACUUAUUUGGCAGAAAUAGAGAGAGAGCACAAAUAGGCAGAGCGGCAGGCAGAGGGAGAGGGAG